AUGAGUCAUGAACCUAUGAACGUCGAGAAGACGCGACGACCCCUUUGUCAGAAGAGUCUCAUCAGUCUCCUCAUGCGCAAGAACACCUUCACCCCUAAGCCUGCCCUCGAGAAGCUUCCCCUCGCUGUGCGCAAAGACUUACGCGACAACUUCGAGUCGAAGAAGGAAGAAUUUGAGAGCCAGAUCAACGAGACCCUCGGCGUGCCCGUGAAAAUCAACAUCGAGCCUAACGCAGUGUGGGCCUACGCCGAGGCCUCUGGCGCAAGUUCGGCUGGAUCGACGAUUGCAGGGUACAUUGAAGGCUUCGUCGAUGCUGCGAAGAGCUACGUGUCGAAGUUCGGUGACCUUGGAAAGGAGUAUUUCAAAAAUGCUGUGUCGAAGGCUGAGCUUACGCUUGUCGUGAACGAAAAAGGGGCCGACGCCGACUCGAUCCAUGCAGACGUGAAAGACGGCGUUUUCCGCAUUCUCUUCCACCAGGAGCGGCUGGGCUACAACCAGUCGUGGCUCUCGGAUCCGUUCGUCAAGGCUAUCGACACUGCUCCCCAGGAAGGCUUUGAUCUCCUUGCGAAGCACUCGAUCGAAACAGAGUACAACGCGGAGAUCGAGACGGUCCAGGAGGAGAUCGGGAAGACGCUGAACCUGUCUGACGUUGUUCUCGACCCAAACUUCGAGGAAAACUAUAGCAAGUUGCUGAAGAAGGUGGACAAGGACUGGCAGCGCACCUUUGGCAGGGCAACGUUUGAAUACUUCAAUGAUGGUUUGAAGAGUCAGCUUGAACGUCAAGGAUUCAAAGGCGAUGAGAUGCUUCAGGAAGGCUUUGCUGAAGGCGUUCCUUCCAAGACCUUCAAACUUCGCAUCGUUGACAAGACGAAGAGUGGGAGCACCAACGAGACUAUACUCGAGGAUGGUGUUAUCUUCAUUCAGACAACGAUUGAUAACUGGUGGUAUAAUGUUUAUGAAGCUGGCAGCAAUGUUGUUGAUCUGUUGUAA